UUCAUUAAUUUGUUAAAAAUAUAUUAACCCAUGCAUCCUAUUCAUAAUUACAAAAGUGCAUAAAAUAUCCAGUUUUCAGGAAUUACUAUCAAUAAAUUUCGAAGUGUCAUUAGGCUUAUUAGAUUGAUAAAUACAAAAAUAACAUUUUCAUGAUUUCUUAAUAAUUAAAUUGUCCUUUUUAUCGGAAUGGAAUAUCUCGCGCUUAUAGGAAGAGGAAUGGUAGAAAGUCGUCUUUUUACAUGAUAAAAAAAUGUCCUUAGAAUGUCCAGGUCCUAGGUCAAAAUAAAAAGAAAUGAUAAAAAUAUCAGCUUGUGCUUUGCGCUCACAUCGUUUAUUAAGAGCGAUCAAUAAUAUCCACUUCAGUGCUUGAAUUACUGCUUAAAUUAACCCUUUUUCAGAUAGAAAUAUCAAAUACUUUUCAGCUCGCGCUUCGCGGUCACAUUAUUGAUAUUCAUGAUAAAAGAUAUUUAAAAAAUGCCCAGAUACUAGGUAUAAAUCUUAAACACACGCACGUAUGUUUAUUGACAUACAUAGCUUGUUCUUUAUUUAAAACAUGCUUAAAUUAUCAAAUUUCAGACUAAAUUUUUUAGCUCGCGUUUCGCACUCGCAUUAUUAAUUUAGGAUACCCAAUUACCCAUUCUUUUCAUGAUUUACAAAACAUGAAUAGAGUGACCCGUUUUUAUGUCUAAAAUUUUCCCCCACUCACGCUUCGCGCUCGCAUUAUUCAGAUAUAUCCCUGUAUCCUGCCCAUGAUUACAAAAUUUGCUUAGAAUUUUCAUUUUUUAGGUUGGCAUGUCAAAAGUUUUCAGCUUGCGCUUCGCACUAACAUUAUUUGAUUAUCAUUGAAGAUGUAUUGUUUCAUGGCUAACUACAAACAGUCCUCAUAAGGUCACUUUCCUAUCAGUUAUAUCCGGAUUUUAUUCAGGAUCACAAACAUUGACCAGAGUGUUCGAUUUUCAGGACAAGAUACAUGAAAUUUCCACACAAAAAAUAAGUCGCGCGUCGCGCUCGCAAUAUUUAAAUAUGGCUUAUGAGAUUACUAUGUUUUACAAGAAUAAAGCAAAGAAGUGACUGUCACGAAGAAACAAACACAAAAUCAUCUUUGAAUUGCCAAUCAGGGAAAAUGUGGGUGAUUUUUUUUUCGCCCCUCCCCCAUUGUUGGCGAAUGCUGGAUCUGCCCCUGCUUUCUGUCUUUAUAUUGGGCAUAUUUUUUUUUUACUCAUAUGCCUACCCCUUUUAUGACGCAGUGACAUCAUGCACGGUUGAAUUUAUUUUGAGUUUCACAUUAUUUUAUGAACAAAAAGGCACAAUGGAUAGAGCUUGAAAUGACAUUGGAGGUCUGAGUCAACAACAGUGUCUAUGCAUUGAUCCAUGAAAUUCAACCUCGUGCAAUAGAAGAAUUGAGCCUUUAAAAGUGGCUCGAUAGUCGAUACAUAAACCUGACAACCACUGUAUGAACUAUCCAAGGAAUAUAAAUAUCAUCUAAAUAUAUAUUGGAGACAUGACAGAACGAGUGAAUACCUUGCCAGAAGACCAGGUCGGUCGGUAUUGUGCUACGCCUGAUCCAGCUACAAAGGGUUUUAUCAUGCAGCAGACUAUGUUUCGCAUCAAAGAUCCUCGUAAAUCCUUGGAUUUCUACACUCGAGUGCUGGGUAUGAGAUUAUUCACUAGAUUAGAUUUCCCUGAUAGGAAGUUUUCUUUAUUCUUCCUUGGUUACGCCGACGAGUCUGCUAUCCCACAAGACGAGACAAAAAGAAUUAGAUGGACCUUUAUGCAACCAGCCACCAUAGAACUCAGAUACAUCUAUGGCACUGAUACAGACGAAAAGUUUACCGGUUACCAUCAUGGAAAUACGACGCCUCUUGGAUUUGGUCACAUAGGAUUGUCUGUACCAGAUGUUUAUAUUGCUUGUGAACGUUUCCAAAAAUUAGGAGUAAAGUUUGUCAUGAAGCCAGAUGAAGGUCCAAUGAAAGGCCUGGCUUUUAUCCAGGAUCCAGACGGGUAUUGGAUAGAGUUACUAUCCGCGGAUAGUAUGGCUAAAUCCUGUGGUAAACCGGUAUCAACUCAUGUCUACUAUUGACAACACUAAAUUUGCCGCCAUGGCGAUAAAACAAGGCCCAUAAAACUUUCCCCAAAUAACUUCGUAUAAUAUUAAUUGUUAUAGAGAGAUCAUGGAGCUAGGAAAGUGUGGGGGUGAGAAAGGGAGGGAAAGACAAUCAUUUAAACUAAAAAUUCCCUUUUUAUACACAUUAGGCAAUAUAUCUUAAGAAUUGCACUGUUAUAACAAAAAUAAUAUUCUCAACAUAUUAAGCUGAAUUCAAUCUUGGAAUAAAUUAUGAUAUAUUUCAGUCGAAGAAUUCAUGCAAAAACAUUCUGAUAAAUCAAAUUUGAAGAAUUGCAGCCGAUGUUCAUUUCGCUUUUCUAUAAGUGAAAAUAUAGGAUAUUCAUAAAUAUCAUAUAGGUGCUGAAUGGUUCAAAAUGAACGAAGCAUGUCACGUGAUGUAAUCCAAACCAUUAACGCAGCAUUUAUCAUUAUGGUUAUAGGAUUUACUGCGUGAUCUUUCCACUGAAAUAUGGUUUGCCAUGUAUCUUAAGUAAGUUUAUAUAGUUUCUUUAGUUUACUCUCCAUUUGCAUCUAGAGUUGUAUCUUAAUUAUUUUAAGUCUCGUAAUCAUUUUUGUCUUGCCUGCAUAGCAGAGCGAGACUAUAGGCGCCGUUUUU